CAGCCACAGCCACAGCCACACCCACACUCACGCACCCACACCCUGAAUUAAAUGAGAAUUUAAUUCAAUCAAGAAAAGAUGAAGGUAAUAAUAUACAUACAUAUGAUUAUUACAACAAAUUUAUUAUUUUGCAGAUGAAAAAAAUCAUAACUGGUUUGAUAAUAGAACAUCACCUAUAAAGAUACAAUCAGGUAAAACGUCUUUUAUAUGUUUUGAUAUAUCCCCCUGGUCAUGAAAAACCGAAAGGCUUGUUUCUUUGAUUUCUCUAUGAUGGAACAUCUUUUAGGUCCCAUAUUUAUACCACAGAUAGACCUUGUGUUACUCUAUCUGCUGGCAAAAUUUCAGCCAUAUACAUCGAGCAUUGGCUGAGAAAACGAAAAAUCAAUCUUACACACUCAUAUGCAGUUGCGCCAAACACUUGUAACUAUGCCAUAUAUUGCAGCAGAGAUUGCUACAGUCAACGCCAUGUCCUGAUUUCCUGAUUUUUUUGUCGUUUACUAUAGCGAAACGCGACGUAGUAUGAGCUAUGGUUAUGUUUUUGAUAUUUCUUGUUUGAUUCUGACUUGGUAAGUAUUGAUUAGUUAUCUUCUAAUCAUCAUUUACGAAUCGUGACAUCUUCGUAUUAUGCGUGAUGCACGCGUAAUCGGAAGAUGUCACCAUUCGUAAAUGAUGAUUAGAAGAUAAUUAAUCAAUACUUACCAAGUCAGAAUCAAACAAGAAAUAUAAAAAACAUAAGUAUAGUUACAAGUGUUUGGCGCACCUGCAUAUGAGUGUGUAAGAUUGAUUUUUCGUUUUCUCCGCCAGUGCUCGAUGUAUAUGGCUGAAAUUUUGCCAGCAGAUAGAGUAACACAAGAUCUAUCUGUGAUAUAAAUAUGGGACCUAAAAGAUGUUCCAUCAUAGAGAAAUCAAAGAAACAAGCCUUUCGGUUUUUCAUGACCGGGGGGAUAUAUAUAUAUAUAUAUUUUUUCUUUUUGUAGCAUCAUCAACAACUAAUACAUCAGCAAUUGAUCCAUUAACAAAUGAUUCUGUAAAUUGGAAUCAAUUAAGAGUUUUACUCGAUGAAGAUAAUACUGUCCUGACAAAAAAAGGAUUAGAAAUGCUUAAAGCAAAUACAAAUUUAACUGAAAAAGAAAUUCGUGAUUGGCAUGCUGAUAUUUUACGUGAUUGGUAA